CUUAUACGCUUCCGGCUUCUUCUGGGAUGAGAUUAACGGGACCUACAGUGUAUACCAUUACAUUACCAUGCGUACAAUAUCUGGGUAAGAUUGGCGAUGAAUUCCUCUCUUUAGACAGAUUUACCCUUCGCCUUGACGUGUUGUCUCGUGUGCACCGCGAGGGAUUGGGAUCGAGGAACUACCGGCUGUCAACUAACGUCAAUUCCCAGUCGAUUGUUUCGCCCCGAAGCGGAUUGCAGCCAUGAUGGCGUCGGGCUACAACGCGAAAGAGGAGGACGGCCACCACCCGGGCGCGUCGAAUAACGGCGGCGCCGGGGUUGUGAAAAGCAAAAAGCCGGACAACACCGCCUUCAAACAGCAGAGACUACCGGCCUGGCAGCCCAUCCUGACGGCGGGCACCGUGCUGCCCGCUUUCUUCGUCAUUGGUCUCAUCUUCAUCCCCAUCGGCAUCGGCCUCUACGUCACUUCCAACAACAUCAAAGAGUACGAGAUUGAUUACACUGGUGCCGACCCUGACGAUACCUGCUACAACUGUUCCCAGAACUUCAGCUGGAACAGCACAACACCUUGUGUGUGCUCCGUGCCGUUCACCUUGGAGCAGCCAUUUGAGAGCAACGUCUUCAUGUACUACGGCUUGUCCAACUUCUACCAGAACCACAGACGUUAUGUGAAGUCCAGGGACGAUAGCCAGCUGAAUGGCGACCUCUCUGCUUUAAAGAACCCGAGCAAGGAAUGCGAACCGUACCGCACUAGUGGAGCAGUGCCCAUUGCUCCAUGCGGAGCCAUAGCUAACAGCCUUUUUAACGACACUCUGGAGCUGUUUUCCAUUGAUUCGGAUGGCAACAAAAGUGCAGUUCCUUUGGUCAAGAAGGGGAUUGCAUGGUGGACGGACAAGCAUGUCAAGUUCAGGAACCCUGGUGGAAACGACAACCUUACUAUAGCUUUCAAAGACACAUCCAAACCGGUGAACUGGAGGAAGCCGGUGUUUGAGUUGGACACAGAUUCCGAGAACAACGGCUUCAUCAACGAGGACUUUAUCGUUUGGAUGCGCACAGCUGCGUUGCCCACGUUUCGCAAGCUCUAUCGCAUCAUCCAGAAGAAGCCCAGCGGCACCCCCACCCUAGCAAGUGGCCGAUACGUCUUGGACAUCACUUACAAUUACCCCGUGCGCAGCUUUGAUGGUCGCAAGCGAAUGAUCCUGAGCACCAUCUCCUGGAUGGGAGGCAAGAACCCUUUCCUUGGCAUCGCCUACAUCACCGUGGGCUCCAUCUGCUUCUUCCUGGGUGUGGUUCUGCUCAUCAUCCACCAUAAAUAUGACACCCGCAACAACAGUGCAGAUAUCCCAGGCUAAUCCGUUUCAUGUAGCACGUUUUCCUGUCUGCGCAUGCAUGGUUGACCCUGAAGGGGUUGCUUGUUGACUUUAGUGUGGAUACACUGGUUUCUGUUGUCUGAAGAGUCUCUUCAAAAGCUGUGAUUUUGGGCAACUAAUGCAAAGAAUGAUGCUCACGUCUGUGUCUCUGUACAUAUAGCUUUGAAACAGCUGCUGGGAAUGUAAUUUCCUGCGUUCAAAAAAUGUAUUUAUCUUCUAUUUAUCGAAAUCAUAUCAAAGUAUCUUGAUUUAUUUUAGUAGUGCUUUGCGAAUGGGUCCUUUACGGAAGGAUUCAUGCAUUUUUAAUGCAACUUUUGUCCAUAUUAUGUACUGUAAUAUGUCCUGCUGAUGAAUGUACCAUUUAUAUUUUAUUGACAUACCUCUGGUUUUGAGAUCACCUUGAAUAUAGGAUGGUAAAAUCAUGCUGGUGUGAUGCUUGGUUAUAGCGAGUACUGCUAUCACUGAUAUUGAACAUGAAGUAUUUAAUCCACGGAGAUUCAUAGGAUACUGGUAGUACCACAAGUGUGGCUAUUUACCCUCUGCAGUGACUGGUUGUACACAGAUGCUAAACGGCUCCGUAGGUUUAUUUUCGACAUUAUAAUCUGAUGCUUGCUGAUGAUGGAAACGUUAUCUUGCCUCAGAGCACAAACGUGAUUUUGUGUGUUUUGCUAGUGUUCGAUCAUCUUUUGUCCUUCAAUGUUGACCAAAUGAUAUGCACUUUAGAGUGUCCCAUUUGUUUGUCUCUCUCUCCCCCCCCAUUUCACUUCAUCUUCUGUUAUAUUAUUACAUUCUUCAUUAAAUCAAAUUCACUUGUUUAAAUUUUGAAAUUUUUAGUUUUUUUAUAAGGUUUGUAAGGUCCAAUUAAACAACCGGUGGAAUGUAAUUGCG